CGUCGGAAUGCCCGGAAGACCCCACUAUUGGCUUAAACACGCUUCGUCGUGAGUGCUUACUGUCCCAAAAGUAUGGAAUCUCCAAUCAGCUAUCCUUCAUGAGAUCCUUUAGGCUCCGUUAGUAAAGGCUGUCGAUGAAGGACUUCUCUAUUGUUGACAACUACGUCACCGAUUGUUAUUUGCUGUUCUUCAAGCAGCGGUGCCAUCGUUCGGGAGCUCUACCUCAUACAAACCCUCUCUUCUACCCAUUUUUCGAUACAGCUCAAUUCUUAUCGGCGAUUGCAAGCAGCACAAGCAUGGCGCCAAAUCAACUCUUUCAAUAUUCCAUUGUCUCGGCCCUGAUUGAUGGCGUGGCUAAUAAAGGUCUUCCGCUGUCCGAUCUCAUUGUCAAUGGAAAUUUCGGGUUGGGGACUUUCCGGCACAUGGUUGGUGAAAUGAUCAUCCUCGAUGGCCUCGUUUACCAAAUGAAAUCCGAUGGUUCGGUGCACGAUAUACAAAGCACAGCAUACGACCAAACGAUCAUACCCUUUGCGAUGAUUACGGACUUCCAACCUACCAUUACGGCCAGCGUCCACAUUCAAAGCAAACAAGAGCUCGCGUCACAUCUUUCGCAAAUCAUGGCGGAUACAAGGAAUCAUUACCUUUCCUUCAAAAUACAUGGUGUCUUCAAGGCCAUUACCGUGCGAACCGUCGGCGGACAGCAGACACCGCACCAGGGUCUCGCUGAGAUAGGAAAGCAUCAAACAUCGCAUUCCUUCAACGAUAUAGAAGGCACACUCGUGGGAUUCCGGUCUCCGUCUUUCAUGCAAGGUAUCAGUGUCGCUGGUGAUCAUCUACACUUCAUAUCAGCCGACAAGAAGCAUGGGGGGCAUGUAUUAGAAUGUGAGGCCAUCGGCGAGAUCGAUAUUGCUGUAGCUCAGUUGUCUGAUGUGCAUUUACGGCUACCAACCAUGGAUGAAGAAUAUAACCAGGCUCAAUUAAAGCUCGACGCCCAGGGUAUCUCAACUGUAGAAGGAUAGGACAUAGUAUCUCUUACCGUGUCAGCAAAUCCAAUUCAAUCUGUCGCAUGCGAUCGCCGUAGAUUCCAUUAGCCGUGUCUACAAGUCGCAUUCAUAAAUAAAAAGAAAAACGAAUGUCUCUUCUUGUUACUACUGGGGUGAUGAAAUCCCAAUGCGUUAUGCGUCAUUGACUGCUUCCAUUGGAUUAAAACAUUGCUUGGGAUACAUAAGAGGCGAUUCAAGGGCAACAGAUUUGAACGUUCAAUUCCUCACCUCAACGUCCAACACAUAGAUCUGUCCAGGUCCUUUUCGAACAAUUAUGUCUCGUGAUACUUUUGGGUCGGAUUCCUGUAUACGAACAAAAAUUGUCGUAAUUCGGAAUCUCGAGGGGAUCGAAAGCUUGUUUUGUAAUGGCUUGGAGUUUGAAUAUCAAAAACGGUC